CCAUAGUUCGCUUUCCGGUUGAUGAAAGAAACAAAACCAUUUUUAAAAUAUACAAUGGAGGGAUAAGGACCACGUUAUCCCGAUUUACUUUAACUCUUCAUUUAUACAUCGAGUGUCGCUGAAGGAAGAACGUUUUCUCUCUCUAUACUUAUAUGUAGUGACUGAAUUAAAUAGAACUUACAGCUGAAGUAGUUUAUAAGUGUCGUUUCAUAGCUUUUGUGAUAUUUUUGUGAUAAAGUGGUUGCGUUCGAUAAGAAUAACUUUUUUAAACAUGAAAUAUUUUUGUAUUCCUUAUUGCCAGACAACAGUUCCUGAAGAUGUGUAUAUGAAGAAAUCACUACCGUCUUGUUUGAGUCCAGCCUCGCAUCAUCAUAAAGACGUAUUAAAAUACGGCUCGAAAACGCAAUCGUCGUCGACGGGAAAGUACUUGAAGGUGUCUUCGAGAAACGGUAUAUCGUCGUCGAAGACGUCCUUGAUUAAUUCUGAGUUACCGCUUUUAGAAAACGGAAAAAGCGGUUCCAGAUUAAAUUUGCAAGUCGGUAGCACGAAAUACGAUCUUUCGCCAAUUUCAUCAUCAAGAGAUCCUUUUCCUUCAUUAAAUAACAACCAGAGGAGUCACAACCAAUCAUCUAAUAAUAAUAAAGAAGAGGAUAGUGUUCCAAAUCUUCCAUUAACACCUCAAGAAGCUUUAAAGCUUUAUGGCCACAAACUAACUGAAUACGAGCGAAGUGAAAUUGAGAGAUUUCCGAAAAUAUGGUAUUUGGGUUUGGAUGCUUGUAAAAUCCAUGGGGAACACGGAGGUUCUCAAAAUGGGGGUUACGAUGAUGAUAGCGGAAGUUACAACAAGGUUCUUCACGACCAGAUCGCCUACAGGUACGAGAUAUUGGAGGUGAUAGGAAAAGGAAGCUUCGGGCAGGUGAUCAGAGCUCUCGACCAUAUGACCAAUCAGCAUGUUGCCAUAAAAAUCAUUAGGAAUAAAAAGCGGUUCCAUCAUCAAGCGUUGGUCGAAGUAAGAAUUUUGGAUCAUCUGAGAAAAAGGGACAAAGAAGCUACGCAUAAUGUUAUUCACAUGUUGGAGUAUUUUUAUUUUAGAAACCAUUUAUGUAUCAGUUUUGAAUUGAUGAGUUUGAACUUAUAUGAACUCAUCAAGAAAAACAACUAUCAAGGAUUUAGUUUAAAUCUAAUAAGAAGAUUUGCAACUUCAUUAUUGAAAUGUUUAAGGCUUCUUCAAAAGGAAAAUAUAAUUCAUUGCGAUUUAAAACCGGAAAACGUCCUUUUAAAACAACGCGGUUCUAGCAGCAUCAAGGUCAUAGACUUUGGAAGUUCAUGUUAUUCGAAUCAAAGGGUUUACACUUACAUACAAUCAAGAUUUUAUCGUUCUCCGGAAGUUAUUCUUGGACUUACUUAUGGGACAGCUAUUGAUAUGUGGAGUUUGGGUUGCAUCUUAGCAGAACUUUAUACCGGUUAUCCCCUAUUUCCUGGUGAAAAUGAAUUAGAACAAUUAGCUUGUUUAAUGGAAGUUUUGGCACCACCACCUGAUGAUAUUAUCGCAGCGGCAACAAGGCGUCGUUUAUUUUUUGAUUCUCGUGGUAACCCACGUUGUACAACAAAUUCAAAAGGUCGAAAACGCAUCCCGGGUUCGAAAAGUUUACCAUUAGUUUUACGUUGCAACGAUCAUCUCUUCAUUGACUUUAUAACACGGUGUUUAGAAUGGAAUCCUAAGAACCGGAUGACACCAGAUGAGGCUUUGCGGCACGAAUGGAUUCAAUCAGCAACCUCAUCAUCCUCGAAUCAUCAUCAUAAAUCGAAUGAUUUGCGGCAUAGUCAAUCGGAAGCAAGUGUAACCCAUGAGAGCAGCGCUGGUGGAUAUUCACAUUCGAGUGGGAGUCGAACAUCGGGAAGUAGUUUCGCACCAAGACCACAUAAGUGUGUUGCUUCUGUGACAACGACUGCAACGGCGGUGGCUGUUCCGCCAAAAACUGGUGAUAAAUUGAAGGCCAAAAUCGUGGAAACCAAGAUGCACGAUAGUAGUACUUCGAUAGAUUCAAAUUUGAACGAUUCUGGUUUUUUUACCAAGUACCCUUUCAACCCUUUUUUACCUAAUCCCAAUAAUAUAAGCAGUAGUAGUAUGAACAAGGACUGUAAUAAGAAUGUUAAGCAAAGGUGUAAAUUGUUGAACAUUUACAUUGAGGUGUAAAACGCUAACAGAAAGAGUCGUAAGAAAAGAGAAAACUAAAAUGGACAAGUCGUCGCUCGCUAUUGUCAUUUCUCAUGUUACUUCCUAUGGAAUUACGUAUCUCAUAGAAUUAUUCUAUGAUGUACCUAUACUGUAUUUAAUUUUUUUUUAAUUAGUUUUAGAUUUUAAGAAGUAACUUUAGAUUUCAUGCUAUUAUAUUUAAAAAAAAAAAUCAAGAAGAAUGAACCACCGUCAUGUUGUUCUUGAAAUAAGCUUUCGUUUAAUUUUUCUAUAACGUUUUUUAAUUUAAUUUGUAAUUCUUAAUAAUCGAAACGAAUAUGAUAUUUCAUUGUAACAAAACCUUGAAUAUAACUAAUUAUUAACAUUGUCAAACAAAACGAAAAGGUUUUGACUAAUAUAUUAGUUUUAUUAUAAUAAUUAAUUAAAUUAAAAGCUAAUACAAAUAAUAUGAAACGAACUAUGAUAAAAAUCGUUUAUUAAAUACUUUUCCUUUAGUUAUUUAUUUGAUCAAACAAAAUGUGUUGCCUUACACACCACUUAGACGAAAAAAAAAACAUAAAUUAUAUACGCAUUAAUAUUGAGGAAUAAAGGACAUUAAAACAAUUGUUGUUAAGAAGAUAUAAAAGAUAAAAAGAAAUAAAGCAAGAUAAUGUAAAGCCCCAUCCCCCUCCCUUAAUGUGAUAUCUCUGAUAAUAUUUAAGUAGAUCCUAAAACAAUCUUUGAAAAACAUCAUAAAUAGGCGAUCUGAUUAUUACGAAAAUUACACACUUUUAUAAAAAAAUAAAAAGAUUAUAAUGAAGAUGACCACCACUUGAAAACUUUUACAAGUUUCUAAUUACGCCUUUUCCUCUUUAAGAAACACGAAAAACUUCUGUUGUCGUUUGUAGCUUAACUUGUAAAUGUAAAAUAUUUGUUGUAAGAUAAAAAAGACUGAAAUAGAAAAA